AUGGCGACCGGAUUAAGACUUAUUGUUUGGGUGUUAUUUGUCGUCAGAGAUGUUUAUGGACUGGACACCCUUUGCAAUGACAAGUUGCUGAAGUCCGUUCCAGAUGACCACAUAACCGCCACAAGUUACAAAUCCGACCCCACACUCACCGGACAUCCUCCUAACGGGCGGCUCAAUACCACGGAGGUGGCCCUGGGCAAUGGCUCCGUCUCCAUGGGUGCUUGGGCUCCGGCUGGGGAUAACAAUGGGGAGCAUAUACAGGUUAUGUUUGAUGACGUCACUAUGGUGAAUGGUGUGUUUACCCAAGGCCGUAACCAAGGUACCGACCACGUGACGCUGUUCAAGGUCGAGUACACUGAGGAUGGGAGCACGUGGCAGACAGUCAACGACGACAUAGGGGUGGAAAAGGUUUUUGGAGGGAACUCGGAUGGUGACACAAUUGAGAGUAACGAUUUCGGCUGUCCAGUAUUCGCCAAGGGUAUCCGCAUCGUUCCUAUGGGCUGGGAGAAGCAUAUUGCGCUGAGGUUUGAUGUCAACGGCUGUUACCUUGACGACAGCGGGACAGCAACAACGAACACGACGACACCGUUUAAGCCCGGUAUAGUAACGCCAUUUGGUGGGACAACGAAAGCACCAACUGCUCUCUCACUUCUAUCAAUAUUUACCUGGGGUAUUAUAUACCUGGUAUCAUUAUCAUCCGCAUCAUCAACAACCACAAGGACCACCGUUAGAACGACAAAGACAACAACGACCCCAAAGACAACAACAACAACGACAGCGUAUGUGUUCCAUCCGGGUAUUUUGGAUCCGUUCGGCGCUGUUCCUUCUCUAAUCGGAUAA